GAAAAGGUCCACUUUUUACACCCCGUCUACGUUUAUGUAUGUAUAUUUAGAACAGUUAUGUAGUUUUAGACAGACGGUUUUGUUCUUAAACAUUUUCUUGGAUUUUCUAAAAAAACGGAAUUAACUUGAAUGCAUUAAAGUCGACAAACGACAGGGCAACACACCGAUAUUUGGAUAGAUUACAAAAGUAUGGAAUAUAAACGCUGAAAUGUUACUGAUAGUGAUUUAAAACAGAUUAAAGUUCACCAGCUGUUUUGGAUUAAGUCGUAUAUCUGAUCAAAAGUGAAGGCUCUUGGUUUUUGUAUACUGAUAAGUACAGUAUAUAUUAUAAAUGAUAACAUACCACCGACAGUAUGAGAUAAAUGGUAACAUAAUAAUAUAAAUUUUGGGAAAUACGAGAAAAGGACAAAAUGGCGGUUUAAAUAUUUUAUCUGAUCACUAUCUAUUGAGAUAUUUUAGUGUGCGUUGUGCCAUUUUGGUACGAAGCUGGAAGCUGAACCUCGCAAGAUGGCACGGGUUCGAAAUCCGUUCCAGAUUCUCCGUCUGUUAAUCUUGUGUCAUUUAUGUUGCCAUACUGUAGGUGUGAUGGAUUAUUAUAACUCAUUGUUUAGACCCUUUAGCUUAAACAAAGCCAAAGUGGAAACUCUGGGAUCCAUUUUAAAAAGGCACGUCCAAGCAUUAAGGGAUACCGAAAAUAGGAAAGUAGAAUUAGUGUUUCUUGUGGAUAGUUCGGCUAGUGUUGGUGCCAGUAAUUUUUUUGAUGAAUUAAAAUUUGUGAGAAAGUUAUUAGCGGAUUUUACGGUGGAUGUUAAUGCCACACGAGUUUCUGUGAUUACAUUUUCUUCACGUGGUAAAGUUAUUCGCCAUGUUGAUCAUUUGACAAUUCCAAAAGAAAGUAACCAAAAAUGCGGCCUUCUUGUGGAGGAAAUGCCCAAAAUACGUUACAUCGGUGGUGGAACAUACACAUUAGGAGCCUUUAUUGAAGCCAAGAAUGUUCUCAGAGCUGCUCGGAAGGAAGCAGCCAAGGCAAUAUUCCUGAUCACUGAUGGUUUUUCAAAUGGUGGGGAUCCCAGACCGGAAGCCAACAUCCUGAGAGAAAUGGGAGUAAAAAUAUUUACAUUUGGUAUCAGAAAUGGUAAUGUCAGAGAACUGUUUGAUAUGGCGUCGGAACCCAGGAAUGAAACGUGUUAUAUAUUAGACAGUUUUGAAGAAUUUGAAGCUUUAGCCCGCAGAGCCUUGCACGAAGAUUUACACUCAGGGUCAUACAUUCUACAAAAGAAGUCUAGUUGUUUUAGUAUAUGUAAGGAAGGAAAGGACUGUUGUCACCCAAGAGCUGAUUGUAUGUGCGGAACCCACACAGGAAAAUACGAAUGCUUAUGUCAACCAGGUUACUAUGGUCAUGGCAAUGGAAAAACAGGCUGUGCACCUUGUCCAUCAAAAACAUAUAAAAAUUUCACUGGUGCUGGUGAUGUUACAUCAUGUACUCCAUGCCCUGACGAAAGCCAGAUAACAGGACUAGGUGCUCCUAAUGUAUCAGAGUGUAAAUGUAGAAAAGGUUACCAACAAAUAUCCGAUACUGAAUGCUCCGCUUACAGAUGUUCUAUGUUGGAACCACCAACUAAUGGUUAUUUUGUUAACAAUAAGUGUAAUAACGUGUUUAAUGCUGCAUGUGGAUUAAGAUGUCGACCAGGGUAUGAAUUACGAGGAAGUAGUCUAAGAAUCUGCCAGGAAGAUAGCACAUGGUCUGGAACAACUACAAAAUGUAUCAUGAAGAGUUGUCCUCCUCUACCAACUCCUAAGCAUGGUCACAUGAUCUGUAGUCGAGAUGAUUUUAAUUAUGCUACUGAAUGUCGUUUUACUUGUGACAAUGGUUUCAAACUGGUUGGCUCUAGAAAGAGAACAUGUCUGGCUAUAGCUGUGUGGACUGGAAUAACGACACGAUGUCGAGAAAUAACUUGUCAACCGUUAUUACCACUACGAGAGGGUACUGUAAGUCCGUCUAGUUGUACCGAAGGUGAGGUAUUAUUUGGUACAACUUGUCAGAUGUCCUGUUCAUCACAAUAUACUUUAUAUGGAUCACAUACUAAACAGUGUACACCUGAUGGUAACUGGGUACCACCUGGUAAUCAACCCAAUCAGUGCAUUGAUGAGAAGCCACCAUUUGUACAGUGUCCACCAAAACUAGUUAUAGAGGCGGAUCCUGAAGAACCAGAAACAGAAGUUAGUUGGGGAAUACCUUUAGCAGUGGAUAAUUCAGGUUUUAUUCCCAGAACAAUUGCUGUACCUGCCUUGGUUCCACCGGCCAAGUUGCCUAUUGGUUAUACAACAAUUACCUAUAUAGCCGAAGACUGGAAUAAAAACAAAGCCAAAUGCAAAGUUUACAUACAUGUUAUAGACAACACGCCUCCGAGAGUGGAUAAAUGUUUUUCUCCAAAAGCUGUCGUUUCACAAGACAAACAUGGCACCGUGACCUGGGAAGAACCAUUAUUUAGUGAUAAUUCUGGAGAAACGCUACAAAUAGUUAAAUCACAUUCUCCUGGCUGGUUCCCACGUGGAAAAACAAACGUAACUUACACAGCUACUGACAAAAGUGGCAACAACAAUACUUGUGUACUAGAAAUAAAUGUUAUUCCACAUCCAUGUGAACUACCACCUCCACCCGUAAAUGGUAACAGAACGUGUUUCGAGAAUGAAGAGGGUGUUAUAUGUAAGUUAUUUUGUAUGGAUGACUACGCAUUUGCCAUUCCACCAGCAGAAGAAUAUUUCUGUGCUUAUGAUAAUAUUUGGCGACCAGAAAAUCAGAUGCCAUUUCCAGAUUGUUCAGUAAUACAGAUCUCUAAUGAUUUGGUACAAGAAGCAUCAUUUACAUUUACUGGCAAGUUAUCAUGUCGUGAUAUGCAAAUACUCAAACAGAUUAAAAGCAAAUUUGAAAGGAAAGUCACAAAUAGGGUCAAUGAACUAUGUGUUGGUGGUAUAGAAUGUUCAAUAGAUGAUAUGGAAACAACUUGUGAAGAAGAUGAUGAUUUUAAUAAAGUAAAGUUGACGCUAGGAAACAGACGGAGACGAAGUGCUGAUAAAUCAUCAGAUAAACCCAAACAAAAACCUAAAUCAUCUCACAGAAAAACGAUUCUUACUUUUGAUUUUGCCCUGGAAGGUUCGGUCAAUCCAACUGGUGAUACCGGAGAAGAUAGAAAAUCACAGAAGAAAUUAGAAAGAACAUUAAAAAAAGUUAUACGAACAUUACAAAACGAUGCGGAAGGUGGUGAUUUUGAUUUACUAACAUAUGGCAAACAAAUAGUUUAUAAUGGAAUGGAAUUGGAUUCAAGCGACCCCAAGUUCAAAUGUGUCGACGGGCAAGUUCUACAUGGAUCUGAUUGUGUGAACUGUCCGGUUGGUACAUUUUUCAAUGUUGUUAAGAGAAAAUGUGAAAGUUGUUCUAAAGGCACAUAUCAACAAUCGGAAGGUGCAAUUAGAUGUUUAGUCUGUCCAAACAAAACAUCCACAUCUCAAAAUCAUUCUAGAAGUGAAGGGGAAUGUUUAGCACAAUGUUUACCUGGUAGUUUUUCACCGACGGGUGUUGAAAGAUGUGAAACGUGUUCAAUUGGUUGGUACCAACCAGAAUACGCUCAAACCAACUGUACAAAAUGUCCCCCGGAAAUGACGACAUCACGAAGGGGAAGUCGUACAUUGCAGGAAUGUAAAGAAAUCUGUCCACGUGGUUAUGUGUCAAAGAAUGGAUUGGAACCGUGUUUUGCUUGUCCAAGAGGAACAUUCCAGCCUGAUAGUCAGAAAUCGGCUUGCUUUGAAUGCCCAAACAACGCAUCAACGUUUGACAUUGGAAGCGUAUCGUUGAAAGAUUGUGAAGGUGAUUGGGAUUUACAGAGUGACGGUGAGAUAUCAGAGAUACAGAAUCAACAACAACAGUUAUCUAUUAAUGGAUGUUUUGAGAACCCCUGUAUAAAUGGCGGUACCUGUGUUCCUAAAUUUAUUACUUUCACGUGUAACUGUCCACUGGGUUAUGGGGGUAUUUUUUGUGAGAAAGUUUUAGAUGAAUGUGAAUCUAAACCAUGUUUAAAUGACGGUACUUGUAUUACACAACUAGGAGAUUAUAAAUGCAGCUGUGCUGACGGAUUCGAAGGGAAGAAAUGUGAAAUCGAUAUUAAUGAGUGUGAAUCGUCGCCAUGUUUACAAGGUGGUACAUGUAUUGAUGGUGCUAAUAGUUUUGUAUGUAAUUGUCCGGCUGGUUAUCAAGGUGUGAGGUGUGGCAGUGACAUCAACGACUGUUCAGAUCAGCCAUGUCGUAAUGGUGCUACAUGUAAAGAUAGACUAAAAGGAUAUGAAUGUCAGUGUGCUGAAGGUUUUACUGGUUUAAGUUGUGAAAUAGAAAUAGAUGAGUGUCUAGAAAAUCCGUGUAGAAAUAACGCCACUUGUGUUGAUAUUCCUGGUGAUUUCAGGUGUGAUUGUUUAGCUGGUUAUACUGGUAGAAAAUGUGGAAGAGACAUAAAUGAAUGUAAUCCAAAUCCUUGUAAAAAUGGUGGUAAAUGUGAAGAUCUUUUGAAUGGAUUUGUUUGUCAUUGUCUUACUGGUUUCAGAGGAGACGACUGUGCUACAACAUUAGAUGUAAACUAUCAGUUAGAUUUUGCUGAUGCUGGUAUAGUAGAUCAUGCUCAGAUUCAGUUUCCAGAUAAACCACUCAAUUCUAUAACUGUUACAUUCUGGAUGAAGAGUGAUGACUUGCUCAACUUCGGUACACCAUUUUCGUAUGCGGUUCCGGGCACAGACAAUGCCUUCACUUUAAGUGAUUAUAAUGGGUUUGUUAUUUACGUGAAUCAAGAGAAAAGAGUAACAGAUCUGAUAGCUAAUGAUGGUCUAUGGAAUCAUAUUGUUGUUACAUGGUCCAGUAAUAGAGGAUCGUGGAAGAUUUAUCAAAAUGGCCUUAUUAUUGAUAGUGGUUGGGAUCUAUCAACAGGAAAACCAGUAGAGGGUGGGGGUAUGUUUGUGAUUGGUCAAGAACAGGAUGACGUUGGUGGUAGAUUUAGUUCUAGCGAAUCGUUUGUUGGUAGUUUAACUCAUUUAAAUGUAUGGGAUCAAGAAUUACCCCUAACAACUAUAGAUGAUAUGAGAGUGAGUUGUAAUAAAUAUUCUGGCAAUUUGUUAGCCUGGCCUGACGUUUUCAAAGGACUACAUGGAAGUUUAAGAGAUAGCCCGUCGACUUUUUGUGAAGAUUGCCCGAUCCCAGCCAAGCCUGAUUUUGGUAAAGUUGAAUACACUGACGUGAAGACAGCCUCUACAGUUACCUACAGCUGUUUACGUGGUUUUAACGUAGCCGGAAUGAACAAUCAGCUAUGUUUAGCUACCGGAGACUGGGAAGCAGAAGCACCACUCUGUGCUAAGGUUGAAUGCGGUUUCCCAGGGAAUAUUCAAAAUGGCUACACAGAAGGACGAAAAUACAGUUUCGAUAACCGUGUUCGAUAUCAUUGUUAUAAAGGGUUUGAACUUAAGGGGACAAAAACGCGUUACUGCAAUGAAUAUGGAGAAUGGGAAGGCGAUAAACCAGAAUGCGUUGAAAUAACAUGUGAACUGCCCCUCUUAUCAGAAAACACUACAGUUUCAUCACCAAAGAAUAAAUAUGUACCAAGAAACGUUGUUCAAUUUAUCUGUACUCCCGGGAACCGGAUGUUGACGACACAUGAUUCAGUCAGGUGUCAAUCAGAUGGUACUUGGGAUAAAAGUGUCCCAACGUGUGAUCGUCUAAAGUGCUCUAGUCCUCCUAAAAUAGUUAACGGGGGUGUAAACAAUCCAGCCACUGAAUAUUCUGUAGGCGGUCAAGCUAGCUACAAAUGUGAUUUUGGUUACACUUUGUCACUCAAAGCUACUAACACAAAGGGUAAAAUAUCGUGUUUGCCAAGUGGGAAGUGGGAAUCGGAUCUGCCUGAUUGUGAGAUUGUAAAAUGUCCGGAAAUCCCAGUAGUUGCAAAUGCGAAAGUUAUCUCAGGAUCCGACGUGAUAUUUCUCUCGAUCGUACAAUAUACGUGCAACACUGGAUAUGAAAUGAUAGGUGAUGAUAUUAUCGAAUGUUAUGAGACGGGAGAAUGGUCACCAGAACCACCUGAAUGUCGACCUGUAUCAUGUGGUAAACCAAAUGACAUCUUGCACGGUGUUAUUAGGGGUAAUGAUUAUGAGCUUAAUAGCGUUUUAAUCUAUCAGUGUGAUACGGGUUAUAGACUCAAUACCGAAAUACGAAGCCGGUGUUUAGAAAAUGCAAGCUGGACAGGAAUUGAACGAUUCUGUAAUCCAGUGUCUUGUCCACAACCUACUAUUAUUAAUAACGGUCAGGUUAUUGCUACAGACAUUAUAUUUGAGAGUGUAAUUACUUAUGUGUGCAAUGAAGGAUAUGACUUGGAAGGCCCAGAAGAGAGAUCGUGUUUAGAUUCUGGUGAAUGGUCUGCUACAGAACCAAAAUGUGAACCAGUAAAUUGCGGACCUCCGCCAGAUAUCGUUGAUGGAAAUUUUUUUGGAUUACCACCAUAUGUGUAUGGUGUAGUUGUUACAUACUCCUGCAAUGUUGGGUACCGACUCGUCGGUAAUGAUCAGAUUAUUUGUGACAGCAGUACGUUUUGGUCUGCAGGUUCUCCUGUAUGUGAGCAGAUAACUUGUCCCGAGCCGACUCCUCCUGUAAACGGUUAUGUGAAUGUUCUCGGUCUGACAUACGCUAGUGGAGCAAGUUAUGAAUGUGCUGAAGGUUAUGUUUUAGAUGGUGUUAGUUUAAGAACUUGCCAGUUAAAUCAAACUUGGACGGAUUCAACUCCUACUUGUAAAGCUACCCAAUGCCAACCGCCAGAUCCCGUCAAAAAUGGAGGUUUAGAUUUUAAAGACUUAAGCAUUGGAUCUAUCGUCACUUACACUUGCCAUCUUGCUCAUACUAUGGUUGGCGAACAAGUGCGAAGGUGCCAAGAAGACCUUACGUGGAGUGGUCAAAUUGUCACGUGUAAUCCUGUCCAGUGCCCUAAUACACUCAGUGUUACCAAUGGAAGGGUAGAUAUUACCGGCACGGGCUUUGGCUCUAUCGCUAUCAACAUUUGUGACGAAGGCUAUUUGUUAGAAGGAGAGGAAGAAAGAGUUUGUAAUGAAAUUGGUGAAUGGUCCGGUGAAGAUUCUCAAUGUCUUAUAGUAGAAUGUGAUAAAACAGGACACGUAAUCUCUAACGGCCAUAUGAUAGGAAAUAAUUACACAUAUGGCUCUGUGAUCAAUUAUGUUUGCGAUGAUGGUUAUACUAUGUUGGGUUCAUCAAGCAGAAUUUGUCAAAGUACCGGUGAAUGGGAUGAACCACUUCCAGUGUGUCAAAGCGUUCGCUGUCCAAGCUUUAUCUUGGCGAACGGUUUUGCCGAUGGAUUCCAACGAGACUUUGGUUCGGUCGUAUCAUAUUCCUGCAAAAGGGGGUUCACCUUGCAGGGACCUGCCUCUCGAAAAUGUCUUUCUGGCGGAGUUUGGGAAGGUGAUGAUCCAAUCUGUGUUAAGCUUGUUUGUCCAGAAAUCCCUGAUCCAUUACAUGGCUCUUUCUCAUCUCCUGAUGGGUUAACUGUAAACUAUCAGUGUGAUGAAGGUUAUACAUUGAAUGGAGCUGUAGAGAGGACAUGUCAGGAUGAUGGAACUUGGACUUUGGAAGAUCCGUUUUGUGAGAUAAUCUCCUGUCCGGAUUUAUCAUCAUUGAUAAUAAAUGGGGGCUCGGUUAUUCAAUCGGGCUUCACUUUCUCUGAAAGGGCAACAUUUGAGUGCCUCGACGGAUAUAAUAUCAAUGGGACGGCUGUAUUAACUUGUGAAGCAAAUGGUGAGUGGUCGGAUAUGAUUCCAACGUGUGUCAUUGUCUCUUGUGGUGAACCUGGAGCGGUAUUAAACGGAGUUUUUAUAGGAAGUGUAUAUACGUACGGCUCAAGUAUCAGAUAUUCUUGUUCAGAGGAAUACGUACUCAUUGGAGUAACAGAACGCCUUUGUGGAGCGGAUGGACAUUGGUCCGAUUCGAGUCCAAUUUGCCAACAAAUAGUUUGUCCAGACUUGGAAAAUAUAGAAUUCGGAAGUGUUACUAUUCAGUCUAAUACACCAACUGGUUUUGCAAGGUAUUCGUGCAUUCCCGGAUAUGAGCUAUUUGGAGAAGAAUCAAGGGAAUGUUUGGUCACUGGUGAAUGGGAAGAACAAGACCCCGUUUGUGCUCCCAUCCACUGUCAUCAUCCUCGUGCUUUGGAAAGGGGUCGAAUAAUAGGAACGGAUUAUCAUUACCAACACCAAAUUGUCUAUGAGUGCCUUGAGGGAUAUGAGUUAGUCGGGGAUUCUGUUAGGACUUGUGCAGCAAAUAGACGAUGGAACGGCACAAAACCUAAAUGUGAAAUCAUUCGAUGUGAGGACCUCGGAUAUAUCACCAAUGGUAGAAUCAUCGGAGACAACUUUGAGUAUGGUAGUAGCGUGACUUAUGUGUGUAACGACGGAUACGAAUUAGUUGAUGGGACAGCCACCAGAACAUGUACAAAGAACUGGGUAUGGGAUGGUAGUAGGCCGCGGUGUAAAAGAAUAUCAUGUGGUGAUAUUCCAAGUAUUCCGUUUGCUACGAUAAUAGGUAACGAAACUCUGUUUAAUACAAGUAAUAUAAUAGAAUGCGCUGAGGGUUAUAUACCAAUAGGAGAACCUAUAAUAACAUGUUUAUCUACGAGAUCUUGGAAUAUCGGUGAAUUUAGAUGCCAAAUAGUUUCCUGUCCAACGAUUGAAAAUAUCCAAAAUGGACAGGUACUUGGGUCUGAUUUCAUUUACGGAAGCAAAAUAAAUUUUCUGUGCGACAUAGGUUCUGAUUUAGUUGGUGCUGAGUUUCUUGAGUGUAAAGCUAACGGCAGUUGGGAUGGUGAUGUUCCACGCUGUCAGAUCGUUACUUGUGCCGAAGUUGUGCCAAUCCGAUUUGGCAAACCUAACUCUACGCUUAAUACGUAUGGCACAACCAUAAGAUAUACAUGUAACAAAGGUUACAGGCUUAUAGAAAGUAGUGAUCGAUUCUGUUUGGAUUAUGGAGAAUGGGAUACCCCGGUGCCAUAUUGUCAGAUUUUAUCAUGUCCACUAACAAUAAAUAAAAUUACCAAUGGUAGACUUCUUACAGAAUCUCUUAACUUCACUGUUAACGCAACAGCAAGGUUUGAGUGUAACGAGGGAUAUGAAAUGGUUGGCAAUGAACUUCUCGUGUGUACAGAAUCCGGAGAAUGGAAUAGUGGUGUACCAUCAUGCAUCAAAAUUAACUGUCCUCAACCAGGAGGUCUAGAUCACGGGAACAUUGUCAGUACAGAUGAUCUUUUAACUUACAGUUGUCGUGAAGGGUAUAUUUUACGGGGUUCUACUAGACGACGUUGCACAAGCACUGGGCAGUGGGAUUUUGAAGCUCCUGUUUGUCACCCCAUUGCUUGUCCAGAUCCACAAGAUUUAAUCAACGGGGAAAUUUUAGGGAAUAAUUUUACUUUUGGGACUCAAAUAGAAUAUCUAUGUGAUUUUGGCUACAUUCUUGUGGGUAGUGAGCAGCGAAAUUGUGAAUCUAACGGUGAAUGGGAUGUUCCUGCGCCAUACUGUGAAAUUAUUUCUUGUGGAGCUCCUCCAGUGUUGUAUAACGGUGAAAUAAUAGGCGAUGUUUAUACAUAUACGGCAACUUUAAAGUAUGUUUGUGGAGAGGGGUAUUUAUUGGUCGGUGCGGAUGCCCGUGAAUGUCUUGAAGAUGGAUCUUGGAGUUUAAGUGCACCUUACUGUACAAGAGUAACAUGUGAGAUUACACCCAUUGAAAAUGCACGCAUAAGAGAUUCCCCAACCAUAUUUUAUGCUGGAACAUUCAUUGCUUACGAAUGUUACCCCGGCUAUAGACUUAGUGGAUCUUCGACUGUUGAGUGUGGUAAUGAUGGGAAAACUAUAUCCAACGAAACAGCUGAAUGCAUCCACGUUACAUGCCCACCUUUAAACAAUCCAGCUAAUGGAGUUCUUAUAAAUGAUGAUAGGACGGUUGGUGCUAGAGCAGAAUUUGUGUGCAAUCCAUCGUAUACAUUAAUCGGCAGUAUUGAGUUGAGGUGCCUCGAAGACGGUAGUUGGGACGAUGAAUCACCAUUGUGUGUUCAGCAACUUUGUCCAGCGCCAGAAAAUAUUGAACACGGUGGAUAUCGAGUUUCUUAUCAAUCAAAUCGUGUACCUGAUAAUGAAUUUAGAGUCGAUGACAGAAUCACAUAUUACUGUGAUAUUGGUUAUGAAGCUAGUGGGUCUGCUUUAAGUCAGUGUCGUUAUGAUUCAAUGUGGUCUCACAGACCUCCUGUUUGUUUACCGGUAAAUUGUGGUACUCCCCCCACAGUGGAUUACGGCAUCAUCGAAGGACGGAGCUACAUUUAUCAAUCACAGUUGGUCUAUAGAUGUCAACCUGGGUUUCAUAUCAUAGGAAAUACAAUGAUUGAAUGUGGAGAUGAAGGGGCAUGGAUUGGCGAUCUACCAAGGUGCAUUGGUGACUGUGGACAACCACCGUUAAUCAGAUCAGCUACGUUUGAAAUAACUGAGACCACGACAUUAAAGAGAGCAACGUACACUUGUAACUAUGGUUCUCGGCUUAGAGGAAACCCCGUUGCAACAUGUGAUGAAACUGGUAACUGGGAAUAUGAUAGUGACUUGGUCUGUAUUGAGAUAUAUUGUGAUGAGCCACCAAUACUGCGUUUCGGCGCAGUUUUAGCUGACAGCAGAGUGGUGGGAUCUGAGGCAAAAUACGUGUGUGAUAAUGGAUAUAGACUGGUGGGAUCUGUCAGCCUUGUGUGUGAAGAAUCUGGUAGAUGGGAGGGCGAGAUGUCUUACUGUGAACCUGUAGACUGUGGAGAACCACCAGGUCCGCAUCCUUAUUUGGGACGAGAUUUCUCAUUUGGUAAAGAAGUGAGGUAUCAGUGUGAAAAAGGUUUUCAUGUUAUCGGCGGCGAUAUUACUAUAUCAUGUCAGUCCAAUGGAGAGUGGAGUGGUGUUGGCCCAGUUUGUGAACAAAACUCCUGUGGUGUUAUUGAACUUCAACCACAUGUGCAAGUUAUACGAGGUGAUCCUGUAAAGCAGAUUUAUUAUAACCAUACAGUAGAAUUUGCUUGUGAGUCAAAUUAUGUGAUGGUUGGAGAGGCUGUCCUACGAUGUUUGGCAACCUCAAUUUGGAGUUCAAAUCCACCAAGCUGUGAGCCUAUAUUAGGCAUUGUUUCCUUCUGUGACCUUCAUGUAGAUAUUCGGAACUCUCAGUCUAUGCAACAGGGUUAUUCUAAAGGCGAUACAGCUACUGUAAGAUGUGAGAAAGGGCAUUACUCUGUGGGUAACAUGGGCACCGCAUGUCUUGAUAAUGGAAAAUGGAAGGUUCCAAGUGGUAGAUGUCGGCGUAAAUAUUGUGGAAGGCCAAGGGUUAAAGAUAUAAUGAAUGUGAUAGUUCAAGGCCAGUCGUUUUUCUUUGGUGAUCAAGUAAGGUAUAUGUGUCGACCUGGAUUGAACCCUAGCCGAUUUCCUCCAGUAUUAACAUGUAAACACAAUGGUAGAUGGGAUGGAGAGGCAGCUUGUUCAGCUCAUUGUAAGUUAGGAUGUAGAAAUGGUGGUAUGUGUAUUGGUAUGAACAGGUGUAAAUGUAGACCUGGAUAUGGUGGACAACAAUGUCAAAUACCAAUUUGUAUAUUACCUUGUUUAAAUGGUGGUAAAUGUGUAGCACCGUAUAUAUGUAGUUGUCCUGAAGGCUAUGGGGGUUCCAGAUGUCACCGAGCUAUAUGUUCUCAGUCUUGUGAGAAUGGUGGCCGAUGUUUACGACCAAACAGAUGCCAGUGUUAUAAUGGAUUCCAGCCUCCUUAUUGCCAAACCAAAGUUAUACCAAAAUCAAGACGAAGAUCAGGCAGAUAAAAAGGAAAUAAUCACCCAGUUAGCCAGGAAGAUUUCUUUGUAUUAUUAUAAUAUUUAAUGAAUCGUACCAAAUAGAUUUUAUACUUUUUGAUCUGUAAAAUAAUGUUCCAUACAAACCCUGUAAUUCCAUAAUCUGUUAACUUUGUGGUCGUAUGUUGUCCUCUGGUCUGUCUGUCUGUGUUCCACAGUUUGUAGUGAACUCUCCCGAGACAAAAUUUAUCAUCCAAUUCGUUUCUUUAUAGACUUAUGUUCUAGCAACCAAUCUGCUUGAAUUGAAUAUGCAUUGCUCAGAUUAGUGAGACCCAAAAGCCUAACAAAUUUCAAUCAUUUCUGUUCAUUAAUGUAAUUUAUAGUCUUUGUUUCGAUUGGCUUGGUAUUAAAUUACAGGUGAUAAUUAGAGAUGCUCUUGAUCACAACCAGUAUGGCCUGCUGCAAUGACUUGGGCAUACGAUUCACUGCAUGUCAACCUAUUUUUCUGCAACUAGUUUGAAUCAACCCAAUCCAUAAACAAAAAAUGUUUUAUCCUGAAAAUAUUUGCCAUUUGAAAAUAAAAUAGCAAGAAUGAUUGAUAAAUUCAAAACAUAUAUUUAUACAUUUCAUUAAAUUUUAUUUCACUAAAUAUCAAGUAGAAUGUAGUAAAAAUGUUAUUAUGUACAGUAUGAAUGUAUCACAUAAUAUAUAAUAUGCAAUUAUUGAUAUCAUUAUAUGAUAAUUGACUAAAUAAGCUAUAUGCUUAUAUGCAACAGCUUGUAAUAUUUUAAUGUAUUAUAUAAAAUAUAAGAAUAUAC